AUGAGUUUGCGACUAGCCAGGCCUUUGCGGUUAUUGUUACUGGGGGCACCUGGGUCUGGGAAAGGAACACAGACCUCUAAGCUUCUGAAGGUGUUACCUGAGCUUAAGAGUGUUUCUUCGGGGGAUAUCCUGAGACAUGAGUUGAAGUCAGGCACCGAGCUUGGUGUGUUGGCGGCCAAGUACAUUGCGCAGGGGAAGUUGAUUCCGGACAAGGUCAUCACACAGGUGCUCAUAGCGCACUUGUCUAAGGAGAAGUGGCUGAACCCGCAGUCAUCGUGGCUUCUGGACGGGUUUCCAAGAACUGAGAGACAGGCUUUCUCUUUAGAUAGUACAUUGGGGGAAAACAACGCAAAGCUAAAUUUGGUUGUAGAGCUAGAUGUCCCCGAGGAGGUUAUCCUAGAGAGAAUCGAUAACAGAUAUAUCCAUGUGGGUAGUGGAAGGGUCUACAACUUGCAGUACAACCCACCUAAAGUUGCCGGUAAGGAUGAUGUUACUGGCGAGCCACUGGUGAAAAGAUCAGAUGAUAACGUCCAGGUAUUCAAGAAGAGGAUGAAAGAGUACAAGAAAACUCUCGGCCCGAUCAAGGAACAUUACGCCAAGCAGGGUAUACUGGCAACCAUAUCUGGGGAUACUUCAGACAUCAUUUUCCCAAAGCUGUGUGCCCUGAUCAACCAGCAUUUUGGUGCUAAGGAACAACAACUGCAUCACGAAGCCUUUGAAUCAAAGAAGGAACAGAAAAUCCAGCCAAGAUUAUGA